GUUCACUAUCAGGUACAGUUUCGAUUGGCCCGGCUCUAAAGCAAUCGGUACAAAAACGAAAACGAAGAAACUUCAGGAAUGAAUCGGUUGUGAAAAAACUUUCUGUGGCGUGUCCAAGACGAUUAGACAUUUGGAUUGUCCACCCCUCCUUACUAGUCUAACGAAUUGUCCUCAGGUAGCAUCCUAACUUCAAGUUAGCCUACGCACACGCACGAAGUAAUUAUAUCGUAAGAACAACACCUACUUAGUGUUGUUUUUAUUAGCUGGUGUUUGUCACUACACAACUUGAUCAUCAGGUAAAUAUGGAAGGUCUGGUUGUAACAUAUCAACAUUUGAAUUGAUAAGAACAACACAACUCUAGGCAUUACGGAUUACAACAAAAAAGAUGCAUCAACGGCGCAAUCGAGCUUCCUUGUCCUCUGCCCCCACUGGGUUCAGCAGUGUCGUGUAUGCUGGCAAGGAGAUCCCCAUUUUCAGCUACGACCAGCUGUCCCACCUGUCGCAAAAUGGCUUGCUGGCUAAGAUCCGUCUUAUUGAGGAUUUGACGGGAUUGAAGGCGCAACCGAAAUCACGUACUUGGAUGAUGAUGGCUUAAAUUGCGCAGAUUUUAUAGGAUGAAAGUGUUCUCAUAAUUCUAUCUCUGAGACAAAAUCCAUUACAUCGUCGAUUACGUUUCUAGUAAUCACUCGGAAGUACUUCUGAAAUCCAAAGUGAAACUCAAAGUGCAGCAAUUAAACUAAAACGUCUUCAUCUACUACCACGCCACCACCACAACCAGGCCAAACCGUCUCCCUCAUGAACGAAGUGAUCCGUCUGCAGAGUGAGCUCUUACCUCAAGAGCAUCUGGAGUCUGGCAAGGCUUUCGGCAGCGCUGCAAAUUUGCAUCUCCAUGCAGAUGACGAUCCAGAACUGGACGAACUGGCAGCUAAACUUAAGGCUCAGCUUUCAAUGGUCAUUGGGGUUGGUCACUGAGAUCGAAGAAGCGACCUUCCCCUGAGAGUAGAACAGGGGAAAAGGAAGGGAAAGGGGAGAGCUUUGAGGGGGGUCUCCUCCGUUCAGCACCAGUGACCAUUGAGUGCUGAGCUUUAAUAGAUACCAUGCCAAGCACUGGGAAACCGAUAGGCAAAUGGCGUUCGACGCCGUGCGAUCAGCGGAUAGAAAAGGUGUGACGCAUGAAAUCAACCGAACUGGAGACAGGAAAGUCCCCCAUCAUCACCCACGUAGCCCCAGUCCAACUCCUGGGGCGACUGCUGGUUUAUGACGAGAUCGUUUUUCAGAUUUGUAUUCGAUUUUGUUGAUUAUGAUCUUGGAAUUAUGAGUAUGAGUUAUAAGAUUGAAUCUACAAGCAUACUAUUGAAAAUUGAAUUUUGUGUUCUAAGCGGAGCAUGCUCACAAUCUGCUGGACUCCAUAGAGACCGUUACGCAGAUCCUGAGGAACUACGUGGAAUACGGAUCAACGCUCACACUGAGGAAGUCACCAGACGCGAUCACAUGCAUAUGGGGGCAACUGCUAUGGUCUUGGUCUCUUAGUUAUCUGCGGUUAUGUUGUGUAUAGACGUUGAAUAGAUCAUCUUGAUUUUCAGGUGCGACAGAAAGACCCAGAUACUAGAUCCUUCCAUGACCGCGAAGCUGAGGUUCCCAAGCAAGCAAGCAAGCCUAGGGUCUCCACCUUCCACUCUUUCGAUCAAAUACAGUAGAUUCUAACGCUAGUGUCGCCAGAGAAACGCGGACGGUACGUCCUGAGAGAGCCCAUAUUCCGGAAGAACACGAGGAGAGUCAUAGACCUGAAAGACGACAUGUGCCGCAGGCUAAGGCGGAUCAUUUUGGACCGGAAGGUACUCUUCUUGAUUUACACAAUGGAUCACUCCUAUGAUUGAUUUACAGAAUGGAAUUAUUGAUUAGUUCUUCUUGAUUUACACAAUGGACCACUUCUCCUAUUAUUUUUCACUUCUAUAAUGGAGAAGAAGACAGCCACCCCUGAUGCUGCGAGUAACUACGUUUGAUCAUAUCUUCUCCGCAUUCGAAAACUCCAUUCACAGGUCUCGGCAUCGUCCGCGAAUCGGCUACGUCACCUGAUGAAAGGAAUAUCUUUGGGGAUGGGGCGCGAUCUGGUUUACAGUUCGUGAAGGGUGCGGUUGCUGGCAAGUCGCAUCUUGGAGGAGACCUGAUCGGCACAGAACCGGAGGGCUUAUAUCGUAUUGAAGAUUUACGUUGAUGUUUUCGAAAUUUAUUUGAAGUUGUUAAGUAUCUUUUUUUGGUUGAGGAUCAAAAAAAUAUCUUGAUUCUUUCCAACCUCCUCUAGAUUUGCAGUUUAUGAUGUCAAUCAGCAGUAUCGACUUCACCAGCAAAUGAGAUACUUACACAUUUGAUAAUUACUGUCCUCUAUUACUUGCCUCGUUUCCACCAAAACUAUCUCUUCCCUAAUACCUUGCCUCCACCAAUAAAACUACAGCUCACAAGCGUCGAUUGGACCAAAUCGCUGUGCCAGUUCACAAUGAUAAUAUCUCUGCUGACUGGAAGAUUCCCGAUGAUGAGCCACACUUGAUGCGACAAUUCAAGCAAUUUCCGGAUCAACUGCAACCGACUGAGGAUGGGUACUGUGGAGUGAACAAGCCUUAUGGAGGUGGCGUGCGCACAGAGGGAGUCCGAAUCAUCAAAGAAGAGGGAAGCGGGAGACUGGUAAAACUUCUAUUGUGAUUUUACUGUGUUUUUUAGAUAGCGUUUGAUAAACUUCAACAGUAGAAGUUGCAUCGAGCUUGACUGAUUUAUGAAUGACUGAUUCAUAUAUAUAAGUGACUGAUUCAUAUAUAUAAGUCUCCUGACCCUAACUCUUAGAAUGCAUAGCAAGCAUGAUGUGGAUUCCGCUCUAUAAUUCAAAAGCUUCACCUUGUUGUGCAACUCGAUGUUGUAAGUCCCACCUUAACAUCAGCCCAACUGCGCCUAUGACCAUGUCGAGGAUUUGUGGCAUCAUCCUGAGAGAAUGGGGGUGGCAGAUGCGGCUCGGAGAAAGAUGUGUCUGCAUAAUAUCUCACAUGUACCUGUCCAGAUCCAAGAAAAGACAGGAGAGAAAAAAGUCCUAUCCUUGAUAUCCUCACCUCGCGGAGCGAGUGGGCCUCGCGGCCGAAGGCAUUUCAACCAGGCUUACAUGUGAUUAGUCUACUGAUUAAGUAGUCUAGUGAUGUCACAUAAAUUUUAGUAUGAUUUGAUAAGUGAACAGGCCAACGCCUAAACCACUUAUCAGGAUUCUUGACUAAGUAACAUACAAGAGGAGUCUGUCACGACAUAAAUUUUAGUAUGAUGAUGAUGUAACAUAGUACGAGAGUAGGGUAGUCGAGAUGAGCAGUAGCCCUAGUAGUAACUGAAUUUUUCAAAAGUAAGAAGCAUCAAAUGCAAACAGAAGUAAAGGAAAGAGAAUAGUCAAUACAGUGAUUGUCGCCUUGUAAAAGCAAACAGAAUAGUCUAGCAGUAAUAAAUAUGAUUACGAGUAAGUAGCAACAGACUGCCUUCACCUGUACCGAGCAAUUUCCUCAACAUUCAUCAUUGCAAAUAAGAUUGGAUGCAGCCAACAGGACCACGACUUCUAACACCAUCAUACUCAUAGAAUAGACACAGGCACAUUGCCGACUAGUCCAUAAAAAAUAGCUUAUCGUGUAGAAAAAUAGAAAGUAAUGUUUUGGGAGUCUAUCAAUCUUGGAAACGUGUGCUCCGACUACUAGGGGGAGAUGAAUGAUUAGAGAAUACAGCGAAUUAUGAACGAUCGAGAAGAAGAGAACGAAAACACCAGUGAGAGAAAGACGUAAAGCACCAUGAGCAAAUACUACGGAGGAAAGUAAGUGCAGC